UACUGUACCAUGCUUACCCAGCCCAGUGAUCAUGAUGCGUUGUAUGUUUGUGCUGGCGUUGUUUGUUGUUGCUGCCUCUGCCUCCAGCAGCCCUGCAGUACACAACAGACAGGGAAGUGUUUUUGAUAGUUUGCUUCGACUUCAACGUACCGUAGAUGUGAUGUCAACAAAACUGAAGGCCAUAGAAUCUAGUCAACAAAAGAGUGAAAGGAAGAUUGCAACCGACGUGGCGUACAGCGUUUCCCUUCAGUCAGACAUCAACCAAAUUAAAGGAAAGGCUUUGAAAUUUGACACCGUCUUAUAUAACAAGGGGAAUGCUUAUAAUAAGGCUACUGGCAUAUUCACGGCCCCCGUGUCUGGCACAUACCUCUUCUGGGCAAAUGUGAUGGUAAGAUCUAGCGCCUACAUGGGUCUCCGCAUUUUCAGAGGACGUUCGAUGAUUGCUCGUGGUUAUAUCACUGGGCAGGUACAUGGCGUAGCAUCCAUCACCACUACUACACACUUGAACCAAGGAGACCAGGUCUGGAUGGAUGCUUAUGCCAGGGCAACAACCAUUCCGAUGAGAGGAGCAGCAUGUUCAAGUUAUGGAGGAAUGCUCACACACGUCAAUUAAUGAAAGUGGCAUUCCAAUGCCAUUGCAGUGUACACUGAUGCACAAACAUGAAUAAACAUACCGCAUGAA